AUGGAAUUGCCAAACCGACUAUUUAAACCAAAUUCUUCAACUUCGCCGGUUGGAGAUAAAAGAAAAUCAAAUCCAUUAAAUACCAAAAAAUUUCGUCGUUCUGAUUCCAGUAAUAAAUUAUUAGAUAAAAAAAACGACAGCAACCAAAAAACAUCAGAUUAUAACAAAAAUACAUUUGAUUCAGAUACCAAUCAAUUAAAAUCUAAUCCUAUACUCCUACCUUCAGCACCAUCUCAACAACAACAGAAUUCUUCAUUAGUACCAAAUAAUAAAGUAUAUUCAGCUUCAACAUUAAACGCAAAUACAGACGCAAUGAUUAUGAAUAAAAGCGAACCAACGACCAAAAAUUCUCAAAACACAACAGAAAAUCUAAAUGAAGCAGAUGAAUACAUACAAAUGGCUAUAAAAUUUCAUGAAUCAAAUGAAUUAGAGAAAGCAACUUAUUAUUUUAGAAUGGCUGCUGAUAGAAAUAGUCCUUUAGGUCUUUUCUUGUAUGGUAUAGCCUUAAGGCAUGGUUGGGGAUGUAAACCUGAUCCAAUGCUUGCUGUACAAUAUUUACGACAAGCUGCAAAUUCUGCAAUAUCUGAUCUACAAGCUACAGUUGAAGCAAAUCCAACUAUAGCACGUCAUGAAUUAGUAUUGGCAAUUUAUGAACUAGGUAUAUGUUUUCGUCAUGGUUGGGGCGUUGCAAAGAAUAAACAGAUGGCGGCACAUUAUUUCGAAAUGGCUGCAAAUUUUGGCGAUCCGGAUGCACAAAAUGAUUUAGCAUUUUGUUAUUUACAUGGCGAGGGUGUCAAAAAGGAUAUGAAAAAAGCUGCAAAAUAUUAUCGCAUGGCUGAUACGCAGGGUGCCGGUACCUUGGGAAAUUCAUGGAUUUAUAAAAAGAAAUAUGUCGAAGAUAAUAAAUGA